AUGGAAGAACUGGCAAUAGAAAGCAUCACCUUGUUAACAAAAUCCUCGCUGGACACAGAUGGACCAAAACUAGGUUCUUUAGGAGCGAUUUUCAUCAUGCUCAAGUCCGCGCUGGGUGCAGGACUUCUUCUUUUCCCCUGGGCGUUUGAGAAGGCUGGAGGAAUUCAUUUCGCUGUCACCGUUGAACUGAUUUCUCUUGUGUUCCUCGUCAGUGGUCUGGUCAUCCUGGGCUAUUCGUCUUCUAUAAGUGGACAAAACACAUAUCAGGCCGUGGUCACAUGCAUGUGCGGUCCAUCCCUAGGCAAGCUCUGUGAGAUCUGCUAUGUCUUCAAUCUCUUCAUCAUAUCUGUUGCUUUCCUGGUCAUAGUGGCUGACCAGCUUGAGACAUUGUGUUUCUCCAUGUAUGAGUUAAUCACGGGCUUGCCAGAAUCUGAGAUGCCCUACCACUGGUACACAGACCAGAGAUUUGCCCUGUUUCUCCUAUGUCUCUUUCUCAUUUUUCCUCUCUCUGUACCUAAGGAGAUUAGCAUACAGAAAUAUACUAGAUCAAUGUUAUUGGAUCUCACUGUAGCCAUCACUGUGAAAUACCACACAAGGCCGGUCCAUGAGAUCGAUCUGUCACCUCGUUACAGCAGUGGAAUAAGCUCAUGGGCUUCAAUGUUCAGCGUUUUCCCGACUAUCUGCUUUGGCUUUCAGUGUCAUGAGGCCUGUAUUGCUGUCUACAGUAGUAUGAAGAACAGGAAGCUGUCACACUGGGUCUUCAUUUCUGUGGUGUCCAUGUUCAUCUGCCUCAUCAUCUAUUCUCUUACUGGAAUCUAUGGGUACCUGACGUUUGGAAAGAAUGUUGCUCCUGAUAUUCUGAUGUCGUACAGUGGGGGCGACGUAACAAUGAUCAUCGCUAGGCUGCUGUUCGGGAUCUCAAUCAUUACAAUUUAUCCUAUCAUUGUCCUGCUUGGAAGAUCUGUGAUUCAAGAUCCGUUGUUAAAGCGCCGACGCAAACACACAGUGGUGACUGAAUCCUACGAAAGCCGAACUCGUGUUGCUCUGACCACAGCCUGGGUCACAGUCACACUUCUCAUUGCAGUCUUUGUUCCAGACAUUAGCAAAGUGAUCAGUGUUGUUGGGGGAAUCAGUGCUUUCUUCAUCUUUAUAUUUCCAGGACUUUGCCUGAUAUUUGCUGUGCAGUCAGAGACAGUUUCUCCUACACUGAGAUAUCUUCUUAUUACAUGGGGAAUGAUCACACUGUUCUGUGGUGCCUAUAUCUUUGGACAGAGUACUUCAAUCGCAGUGAUGCAACUCUUAAAUGAACUCUAAAUUUCUUUUGAACUUGUAUUGUCCUUGAAAAUAUUUUGCCAAUUUUGUAAAUAAGUUUACUGUUAACUACUGUCAAUUAGUUUUAAAUGCCUACUGUUUGGUAAUUAUUUUAGACAUGGGUCCAAUUUUUUUGCAAACAAUUAUGUUUGUUUUGGAAGUAUUUUUUUCAGUCGUUGAUGCAAUCCUGUAACAAGAACAAAUGUAGCAAUGAUA